AUGGAUUCACGGGUUUUUGUCUUGGUCAUACUAGCAUUAUUAACUACAACUCCUAUCGAAGGAAUGAUCAAUCGAAAACUCAACGACGCCACCACUACUGUCACCAAAGACGACCAAAUAAAAUGUGGUGGUUGUCCAUGUAACAAUCCAUGUUACCCUACUACUGCUAGCCCACCGCCACCAUCACCACCACCACCGUCGCCACCACCAGCACCCAAAUUGCCGACUCCAACCCCCGGACUAAACUGUCCACCCCCACCAACAACCACCACCGGAGGUGGAUAUGCAUUCUCACCUCCGGAAUAUAUCUACACCACUGGUCCACCGGGAAAUGUUUAUCCUACUAAUCCGUAUUUCUCCGGUGCCCACCGUAACUUAUGGGCUGGGCCACCGCUUCUGAUGAUAUUUGGAUUAUUAGUUAGUGUUGUAUCAAUUUUUAGUUUACGUUAA